CUAUGUUAUUCUGAACACUGCCGAAUUACACCAUGUGGGCGUUUUGAGCCAAUCAGAGAUGCAGCCCUGUGAGCCAAUAAAAACUGACAAGAUGGCCGGAAUUCUACAAUGUGACGGAAUUUGACAAUGUUCAGAAUAGCAUGCGCCCGGUCACUUUUUUUUUUUCUGUCUCACGGGGUGGGCGUCACUCGCAGACGAUCUGUCUCGGGCUCGGUCAACGCCCAGAGGAACCAGCUGCUGGACUACUCUUACCCGGCCUGGACCGGCGUCAUCCAGCUGGCCAUAGUCCUCUGCUGCAUUGUGGCCAUCAUCACGCAGGUCAUGCGCACCUUUGCCGAGAACCGCAACGAUAUAUACGCGGCGAUGGAGCCCGAGGUCGGCUACGGUCCAUCGGACCCCGAAAACUUUGCUCGCUACCAAGAGGUACUACCGGGGCGCAACGUGGUUCCCUUGACCAUCAUUAACAGCAGAGCGGGCAGGAGGAGCCUGGGGCGCGCUUCGCUGUGCGUCAACCAGAACGGCAGCGGGGCCGCGGCCGCUCCCAGCGUAUCCCGCUGAGCCCCGGAUGUGCGGGCGCUUGGCCGUUCGUUGCACUAUACCCGCCCGUGCCAACAUUUCUUGAUAAGUCAUGCCAUAUUCGGCAGCUAUACGACUGCAGCUUGUUCAAAAAGAAAGGCCGCUGCCUUG